AAUGUAGAAAAAAUUAUUUUGGAACGGCAUACUAAGUAUGGACAAUAUCUGGAAACAUUUUAUGCAGUUUUCAUGCAUACGACCGCGUGCCUUUUCAUGCUUAAACCAAUCGUGCUGACUCUGACAGCGAAUGAUGCCUUCAAUGUGACAAAAUCUUCUAUAACAUAUGCAUCGAGAUUACCUUACCACGUGGAGUACGGCGAAAAAUUCAAUCAAUAUAUAUAUCCAAUAGCAGUGCAUAAUUAUGCGGCCAUAGUCGCUCAUUCGUUUGCCACAAUCGCCGUUGAUGGAUUGUACUACAGUUUAAUUCAGCAUGCUUGUGGAAUGUUCUCAAUUAUUGGAAAUACCUUGGAGAACAUUGGUAAAAAUAACGAGGAAAAUUUUGACGCGAAACCUAUCAAAGUAAAAGACGACAAUUACAGUAAAACUUUACAUUGUUUACGUAGACAUAUUAUUGUGAUAGAAUUUGCAGAGUAUAUCGAAUCAUUAUUUACAAAAAUAUUUCUGAUGACUCUUAACUUUAAUAUGAUUGGUAUCAGUAUAACCGGUAUACAACUGCUAAUGCAUUUAAAUAAAGGCGCAAAUGACAUCAUCGGACCUUUAACUAUCUGCAUUGCACUAUUUAUUCAUUUAUUUCUUCAUUUUUGGCAAGGUCAAUUUUUACUUGACUACAGCGUCCUCCCAUAUGAAUCUAUCUGCAGGGCCAAUUGGUAUUAUACUUCGCAAAGAUGUCGAAAACUUCUGCUCUUAAUGAUGUAUAGAACAGUAAUACCUUGCAAAAUAACAGCUGGUAAACUAAUGAUUCUAUCCAUCGAUAACUUUGCCACGGUUGUAAAAACUUCUCUGUCUUAUCUUACUGUGUUCCGUUCAAUGCAGUGAUUUGGUGCAUCAAAUAUGCACUCAAAACCGCUAAGUUACAAUGCAUUUCUUUGAUGCAACAAAAAUUAUCCGUAAUUUGAAUUUUCCUUCGAUUCACAGUAGCAUCGACGUUAUUACACUUGCUUCUAUGUAUUUACGUUGCAUAUUUAAUUAUUUAAGCUACAAAUUUGUUCAAAUUAUUUUGAAAUGCAAGUUAUCUUGAAAUGCAAGAUGAAUUUUAUGUGCUAA